AACCUUCUGGAAAGAUAAAACAAACUUUUUAGUUUCUAUUUUCUUUUCUUAAGCUUAUGGUACCUUCUCGCAUUUUCCUAACUGAGAAAAAAAAAAAAUAGUUACUAGGUCCCACAUACCCCUCUUAAAAAAAAAUUGACCCAUCCAUUUCUCCAUUUUACCCUCGACUCCAAUUACUCUAUUACUAAUAUUAUUAGUAUUAUUAUUAUUCGAUUAUUUUCCUCCCAUGGUAUUCUCUUUAUCAACCAUUUUUUCCUAUCUCCCUCCUACUCACCUCCUAAGAAACUUCUAGAAACAAAAAAACACAAUCUUUUUUUCUCUGUUGCUCGAUUCGAUUUUGGAUCUGUGUUAAUUAGUUUUAGCAGUGGAUGUCAUGGUGCCGUCGUCGGUUGAACAAACCGGCGAAUCUAACACCCCCGCCGGUGCCGGUGCGGAGAAUCAGAGAUCUCUUCCAACGCCAUUUUUGACGAAAACUUAUCAGCUCGUUGAUGAUCCUACCAUGGAUGAGCUGAUCUCAUGGAAUGAAGAUGGUACCACAUUCAUCGUUUGGAAACCUGCUGAAUUUGCUAGAGAUUUGUUGCCUAAAUAUUUUAAGCAUAAUAAUUUCUCCAGUUUCGUUCGCCAGCUUAAUACUUACGGAUUCAGAAAAGUUGUACCUGAUAGAUGGGAAUUUGCGAAUGAAUGUUUCCGGAGAGGUGAAAAAGGAUUACUUCGUGACAUUCAACGCCGGAAAAUCUCACCGGCACCGGCAGGUACUGCUGUUACUCCUGCGGUUGCUGCUGCUACACCAGUAAUGGCGGUAAAUGCAGCACAAGCGGUGACGGUAGCGGUGGCACCGGCAGUGAGGAUCCAGAUAUCGUCGUCGAAUUCCGGUGACGAACAGGUGUUAUCGUCGAAUUCAUCACCGGCGGGUACGGCAUCCGGAGCUGCAGCUGCGGCGGUGUUAAGGAUGACCACUUGCACGACGACGCCGGAUCUUAUAGAGGAAAACGAACGGCUGAGAAAGGAGAAUGCUCAAUUGAGCCAGGAGUUGAAUCGGUUACGAGGUUUAUGCAGUAAUGUGUAUAAUCUCAUGUCGAAUUUCACGGCCAAUCCGGCGGAGAUUCCGGCGGGAAUACCGGAAGGACGAGCUUUAGAAUUGCUACGUACGGGGCAGGUUACGGCGGAGGUUGAAGGCGGCGCGGCCGAUACGGCGGAGGAAGAUAUAAACCCGCGGCUGUUCGGAGUAUCACUAGGUGUAAAGCGCGUGAGAAGAAGUAACGACGAAGAAUCUGAUCGAGAAGGAAGGUGCCAGGAUCAAGUACAACCGCAUGGAUCUGAUGUGAAAUCGGAGCUAGAUUCAGGAAGCGCUCAUCAUGAUGAUCAACAAUGGAUAUGAUGAUGAUAAAUUAACCAAUGGCGGGGACCACUUAAGCAAUUGCUAGAUAAACGAGAAAGGUGAAGGGGAUGUUGUUGAUAAAGAACACGUGUACAAUUGGAAGGUAAUUAUCAAAUGUUGGUUCUGGUGGUUUCUAGAAGUUGGAAGAGAGUGGGUCAAUGGCUUUUAAAAAAAGGGGUCACUAUAUUAGAUAAAUAUUUUUCGUAUAAAAGGUGGAAAAGGAGAAAAAAAGUGGCUUUUUAAAAUGAUGAUCCAUAAUUAUUGGAUUGGAAAAGUAGGAGGUGGUGAGAUGGCAUAGUUGAAAAAGAUGACAUAUGUGGGGUGUGUGGAAAAGGGGGGGAGGUGAGGGUGGUGAAUUUAGUCAAAGUAAUUAGUUGGGAUGGGAACUAUUUAUGUAACAGUUUAGGUGCCAAGGAAUUUUUGGCUAGACAAUUGUUUGUACCUAAUUGAGAAAAAAAAUAAUGUUGUAAUUGUAAGUUAAUUGUUGUUAGUAUAUUUACUGAAUUUUGCUCUUUUA